UCAGAGUGAUCUUGUUUAUUUUUGAAAUAAGUGCGAUCAAAUUUUGAAACCGAAGGAAAACGUGCCUUUUUUUUUUUUUUUUUUUGCGUGAGUACUUCUACUUGAUAUCAGAGUGAUCUAUCUUGGUCACUCAAGGAAGUAAUUUUUUUAAGUAGUUCUUGCAUUAAUCGUAAUAAACAUUAUGAAGAGAGUUGCUGAUGUAUUGCAUAAAACUGCUGUCACUGGCUUAAUUGGAUUGACUGCGUUAGGAGCUCUUACUUUUGGUUUACAAGUAUUUGAAUAUUUGACUGUGAAGCGCCCUGUAAGAAAGACGGCAAGUAAUAAAAAUUUAGAAACCGAUCUGACGGAUUCUUAAUAGCUUUAACAAAUAUGGCAAGCUUUGUACAUGGGAAAUUGCAAAAUCUUUUGGAAAUUUUUAGAUUUAAAGCCAUUUCUCAAAAUUUUUCAUCAGUGGCAAACAAAAGAACAUGGAAUGUCAUAAGAGCAAAUCAUGUUGCAGUUGCUACUUCCGACAUUACCCAAAGUGUUAAACUGUAUGAAGAUGUGCUAGGAAUAAAGACUAGUCAGGCCGUCCCACAACCUGAUCAUGGUGUUACCACUGUUUUCAUUGAACUGUCAAAUAUGAAAUUAGAAUUGCUUCACCCACUUGGGGAUAAGAGUCCAAUUGAAAAAUUCCUACAAAAGAGUCCUAGUGGAGGUAUGCAUCACAUAUGUUUAGAAGUAGAUAAUAUUGAGAAUGCUGUAAAAGAUUUGAAGGAAAAAAAUAUCCGCCUGCUGAGUGAUGAACCUAAAAUUGGGGCCCAUGGAAAACCUGUUAUAUUUUUGCACCCCAAGGAUUGCAGUGGUGUACUUAUUGAACUAGAACAAGUCUAACUCUUAUUGUUCAUUUUUUUUUUUUUUCUGAAUUUUGGGUUUUUUUUUACAUAUGCUUAGUGAAUAUAAAUAUGCUUUUUUUUAUCUCAUUUCCUUGAUUAUUUAAAAUGUUUAAAUCAGUGUAUAUAUUUUAUAUGAGUUUUCAGAUAGUGUUUCAAAUUAUUAUUCUUGGUUGAGAUGAAUUAAUUCUUUGUCUUGUUUUAAAAACUUUUUUGGUUUAUUCAGAACAUCAGGAACAACAAAAUGUUUAAAAGUUUUUUAAAUCGAUGAGAGUAAUCAGAAAACCAAAUCAUGUAAUACAGAAUUAUAUUUUAUUAGUGCAAAAUAAACAGAUAUGAUACAUUUCUGUGAAUUCCAGCAUUAUUAAAAAAAAAAUCUUAUCAGUCUUAAAAUUGAUUAGAUUUUUUUAUGCAGUAAUUUAUUUUAAGCAUUUUUCAAUAAAGUUAUUCAAUUAAUCAUUCUUAUUUUACUUCUUGGUGUUUAGAUUUUGCAUAAUUCAAGUUUUUGUGAAUUUCAGCUUUUGUUGUUCCAAACCUGUAUCAUAUCUCAUAAAUAAUUUUAAUGCAUUCAUUUUUUUUUUUUUUUCCAUAGUCUUAUGAUCUUUAAUUUCAUCUUGAAUGUAUUUGUUUCUAUGUAUCAAGAUAAAUUAAUCAUCUACUAAUUCUAUAACUAUUAUCAAUGCUGAUGAGAAAAUGUUGAGAAUUUCUUCCUGAUAUUUAUCAACUAUCUUUUCUGAAACUGUAAAUGGAUUAAUAUCUUGUUUUUAACAUUGCUGUAAUUAAAUUAUUAUAUUAUUUUUAAUAUCAGUGCAUCACUAAAUAAACAUUUAAAUCUUUGUUCUUCACAUACCUAUAUCAUUUUAUAAAAUCCUAUAAUAUACACCUAGAUCAUUUUAUAAAUACCUAUAUCAUCAUAUAGAAGUUUUAAGAUUUAUUAUAUUUUAUUUAAUAAACAUGGUUUUAUAUGGAAAGAAAAGCAUUUUGUAUGCAAUAUUAAAUAGAUAUAUAUAUAUAUAAUUUGUUAUUGGAAUAAAAUUUUUAUAAGCUUAAAGUUUUAAUAAACAUUCUUCCCUUUAAAUCUUAACAGUAUUUUUAAUUAAUUUCAGAGGAAUGGAUUUAUAUAUAUAAUGUAUUUCCAAGUGAAUAGUAAAAUUAUUUGCAUAUUAAUUCUCAAAAUGGAUAUAAAAGUAUGUCAUUUAAAGUUUAAACUACUUCACUUUAAUACAGUAAAAAUUUUGGAAAUAGUUUUUUAUUAGUAUAUUAACUGCAUGCCAUUGGUAAACUGCCACUAGUAUGGAAUCUGUUUCCCCUCCCCUUUCGUCUUUUCUUUUUGCAGUUAAUACAUGGGUACUUUUUUUUAUCUUGUUUUGUUUUGCAUAUAAUGAAGUGAUUUGUUUCCCAUGCAUGUAUGCCAUUAAAGUUUUUUCUACGAAA